GAAACUUACCAGAACGUGCUGUUGAAGCUCGUGAUGAUAAUAUUAAUUCUCCUGGCUGGUCCGCAUAUUUAGACGUGAGGCGCGCGCCGUCCGGUUUUUACUCGAGCUUAGUGGCGCGUGAGCCACAGGUUAGUGGAGGAUGGAGAAUCUGGAGGUGAGCCUGUCAUGCCUGGGCUUCAUCUGCAGACAUGCCGACAAGAGCCAGCGUGAGCUCAAACACCUCCUGUCCAAGCAGAUAUGGAACCACGACGACAGACGGUGUAUUCUGGAGUGCUUGGCUCAGCUCCUCCUGGAGAAGGAGCACACUUUGCUGAUUGCUCGCCACCUGAGACCUCUGGUUUUGGACCUGUUGGAGCGCAGCGCUCAGCAGGUCAGAGCCGGGGGCCGGAUCAACCAUGACCUCCAUGAACGCCUCUGUGUGGCCCUCAGCAGACUGCUGGGUAUCUGCCCUGACGCGCACCUGUUUGCUUUGAGGUACUUCAGCAGCGCCCCCCCAGUGUUUCAGAGGCUCUUCUUCACCAACGAGGAGGCAUCAGCUGUCCAGUAUGGCCCCAGGAGGAUGAAGCUGCGAGACCUGAUGGGCGCCACUCUGCGUUUCCUUCAGAGCGACUGUGCUAGAUUUGCAUCGCUGUGGGACUGGAGUCCCUGUGUGUCCCAGCUUCAGACCAGCGACGCCAUGGUUCGAGGGUACACUGCACAGUGUUUAGCACUCGUAUGUCACAUGACUGAUAACCAAAAGAUGAUUUUCCUGAGGAAGCUGCUGACGAACGAGGAGAUCCUGCACAUGAAAAUGCAAGCUUUGGAGGAGAGUCGGCACAUGGAGACAGAGAAGGCCCUGGUGCUGGCCAAUCAGAGCUCUGUCUUGUGGCACCAGAAUGCGGCCAAUAAGUUCACCAGAGGUCAGGUGGUAUCAGAGGACCUUUCCCCAAAUGUGGUAGCAGUUUGUGGUGUCGUGCUUCCCACAGUCACCCCCAGACAGACCAAUCAGCCGAACCCAAAGAACCUGGUGCUGGUGGGCUCAACCUGCCGGGACCUGAGGAGACUGGCUCUGGCUGUGGCCUCGCAGAAACCGGUGCUCCUCGAGGGCCCCAUCGGGUGCGGUAAAACUGCCUUGGUGGAGUUCCUGGCUGCCGCCACGGGACACUGGAAGGCUUCAGAGAUCAUGAAGGUGCAGCUUGGAGAUCAGACGGACAGCAAGAUGCUGCUGGGGAUGUAUCGCUGCACUGACGUUCCCGGGAAGUUUGUGUGGCAGCCCGGAACGUUGACGCAGGCUGUGGCCAAAGGCCAGUGGAUUCUGCUGGAGGACAUUGACCAUGCACCUUUGGAUGUUGUUUCUGUGCUGCUGCCGUUGAUGGAGAGUAAAAAGCUGCUGAUUCCUGGACGAGAUGACUGCAUUGAUGUUGCUCCUGGAUUUCAGUUUUUUGCGACAAGAAGGUUGUGCUUCAGUGGAGGAAGCUGGCACAGGCCGCAGAACUCCCAUGCUGCUUUGCUGGACAAGUACUGGACCAAGCUGCAGAUGGGAAACAUGACACGAGAGGAGCUGAAGAAAGUUCUGGUCAGCAGGUAUCCAGGACUGAGCGUGGUGUCAGAUCGUCUGUUGGACAUCUACUGUCAGCUGACCGGGGACAAACACUCUGACCCGAACACCAACGACCUCCUGAGUCCGGACGACGACGACCCUCCUGCAGAAGACAGAGUCUCGCCUCUGGAGGGGAGAGCUCUGUCCCUGAGGGACCUUCUGAAGUGGUGCGAGCGCAUCAGUGUCGGCUUUGACAACACAUCCUCAGCUACAGCACAGCACGUCUUCCUGGAGGCUCUCGACUGCUUCACUGCCAUGCUGUCUUCUUCCAGCAGCCGGCUGCGAUUGGCUGAAAUCAUUGGAAGUAAACUCAACAUCUCCAAAGAGAAGGCGCAGCACUUCUGUCAGAUGUACCGGCCCGACGUCCGCCUCGGCGAGCUGCAGGCCUGCGUGGGCAGGGCCACUCUGCAGAGAAAGCAGGCCGAGGCCGUGAUGCUGACGCAGCACAGAGAGACAUUUGCUGCCACGCGGGGCUCCUCGGUUCUGCUGGAGCAGCUGGCGGUGUGUGUGGCCAAAGGAGAGCCCGUUCUCCUGGUGGGGGAGACUGGAACUGGGAAGACCUCCACCGUGCAGCACCUGGCUAGAAUAACAGGUCACAGACUUCGAGUCGUCAACAUGAACCAGCAAAGCGACACGGCCGACCUUCUAGGAGGGUACAAGCCAGUGGACCACAAACAGCUCCUGCUCCCUCUGCGCGAGGCUUUCGAGGACCUGUUCUCUCAGACCUACUCCAGGAAGCAGAACCUGACCUUCCUGGGUCACGUGCAGACCUGCUUCAGAGGGAAGCGCUGGCAGGACCUGCUCAAGCUCAUGGACCACGUCUGCAAGUCUGCUCUAACAAAAGGACUACAGGAGAAGUGCAACGCUGCUUCCCUGCAGGAACAGUGGGAGGCGCUCUCUUCCAGACUUAGUCAGACCCAGCAGCAGAUCCGAACCUGUGAGACCGCCAUGGUGUUUGCUUUCGUGGAGGGAACGCUGGCUCAGGCGGUGAAGAAAGGCCACUGGAUCCUGCUGGAUGAGAUCAACCUGGCAGCAGCAGAGACGCUGGAGUGUCUGAGUGGACUGUUGGAGGGCAGCGCCGGCUCUCUGGUGCUUCUGGACCGAGGAGACACAGAGCCUCUGGUUCGCCACCCGGACUUCCGGCUGUUUGGCUGCAUGAACCCAGCGACUGAUGUGGGAAAGAGGAACCUCCCUCUGGGUCUUAGAAACCGGCUCACUGAGUUCUAUGUGGAGGAGCUGGAGAACGAAGGAGACCUGCGCAUCCUGGUUUCAGAUUACCUCAAAGGGCUGAACCCACCCAAGAAUGUGGUCACCGGUGUCAUCAGCUUUUACCUGAACGUGCGAAAGGAGGCCAACAGCAGUCUGGUGGAUGGUACGGGUCACCGGCCUCACUACAGCCUCCGUACUCUGUGUAGGGCCCUGAAGUAUGUGGCGGGAAACCCCUGUCAGAGCGUGCAGCGCUCGCUCUAUGAGGGUUUCUGCCUGAGCUUCCUGACCCAACUGGACAGAAGCUCCCACCCCAGGGUCCAGAAGCUGGUCUGUCAGCACAUCCUGAUGGGAAACACCAAAUGCUUCAAACAGCCCAUCCCUGCCCCCGCCGGCCGGCCCAGCGUGCCCAUCGAGGGUUACUGGGUGUCUCAGGGUGAAAUGGAGCCAGCUCUGGACCCGAGCUACAUCCUGACCGCCUCGGUGAAGCUCAACCUACGCGACCUGGCCCGAGUGGUCUCAGCGGGGACCCACCCAGUCCUGAUCCAGGGAGAGACUUCCGUGGGAAAGACCAGCCUCAUCCGCUUCCUGGCCGCCGCCACGGGCAACCAAUGCGUGAGGAUCAACAACCACGAGCACACAGACAUCCAGGAGUACAUCGGCUGCUACUCUUCAGACAGCCGCGGCAAGCUGGUGUUCAAAGAAGGGGUUCUGAUCGACGCCAUGAGGAAAGGCUACUGGAUCAUCCUGGACGAGCUGAACCUCGCCCCCACCGAUGUCCUGGAGGCACUGAACCGCCUGUUGGACGACAACAGGGAGCUCUUUGUGGCCGAGACCCAGGAGGUGGUGAAGGCCCACCCCAGGUUCAUGCUGUUCGCGACUCAGAACCCGCCCGGUCUGUACGGCGGGAGGAAGGUCCUCUCCCGGGCCUUCAGGAACCGCUUUGUGGAGCUUCACUUCGAUGAGCUUCCCAGUGGGGAGCUGGAGAGCAUCCUUCAUCAGAGGUGCAGCCUGCCUCCAUCCUACUGCUCCAAGCUGGUCAAAGUCAUGCUGGACCUUCAGUCUUUACGCAGAGGAUCUUCUGUGUUUGCGGGAAAGCACGGCUUCAUCACGCUCAGAGAUCUGUUCCGCUGGGCCGACCGCUACAGGCUGGAAGAGCAGACGGAGGCCUCUCAGGACUGGCUGCAGCAUCUGGCAGACGAUGGAUUCAUGCUGCUGGCAGGGCGAGUCAGAAAGCCGGAGGAGGAGGUCACCAUCCUGUCCACCCUGGAGAAGCAUUUCAAGAGAAAGGUGGACCCCGAAGCCCUGUUCUGUCAGAAACAGGUCGCCAGUCAGUUCAGUCCAUCUGUCGGCAGCGCCCCGGAGGGGUUUGGUCACGUGGUCUGGACCGGGGGUAUGAGGCGGCUGGCCGUGCUGGUGGGUCGGGCUCUGCGCUUCGGCGAGUCUGUCCUGCUUGUGGGAGAAACGGGAUGUGGAAAAACCACCAUCUGCCAGAUGUUUGCUGCUCUGGCUGGACAGACGCUCUACUCUGUCAACUGUCAUCUUCACAUGGAGACGUCAGACUUCCUUGGAGGCCUUCGACCUGUCAGACACUCCCAUCAGACGGAUGCUGAUGACAGCAGGCUGUUUCAGUGGCACGACGGCCCUUUGGUCAUCGCCUUGAAGGAGGGAGGAGUCUUCCUCAUGGAUGAGAUCUCACUGGCCGAUGACUCUGUGCUGGAAAGACUCAACAGCGUUCUGGAGACAGAGAAGUGCCUCGUCCUGGCAGAGAAGGGCAGCGGCGAUGACGACGACGUAGAGCUGAUCAAAGCUGAUCAAGCUUUCCGUCUGGUUGCCACCAUGAACCCCGGAGGAGACUUUGGCAAAAAGGAGCUGUCUCCUGCCCUCAGGAACCGCUUCACAGAGAUCUGGUGCCCUCAGAGCAACAGACGCAGUGACCUGGUCCAGAUCAUCAACCAUAAUCUGCACUCAGGCCUUUCACUCAAAGGAGGGGACAUCGCAGAGCUGAUGCUGGAUUUCAUCGAGUGGCUAACCCAUCAGGACUUUGGUCGGCGCUGCAUCCUCAGCGUUAGGGAUGUCCUGUCCUGGGUCAACUUCCUCAAUGCCGUGAGCAAGCGGGACGAGGAUCGCCUCAUGACCACAGAACCUGUGGGAGACGAGGGAACGGACCUCAAACUGGACUCUGUCACUGCUUUCAUUCACGCUGCAUGUUUGGUUUACAUCGACAGCAUUGGUUCAGGAACCACGGCGUCCUGUGCAGACAACGCUCUCCUGGCUCGACGGUUGUGCCUCGGCUUCCUGGAGCAGAGGUUAAGCAAACUGACCGAACUAGAUCAAAGAAUGCUGGAUGCACUGAGGGUCUAUGACAGCCGCCUGCCACGGGAGCCUCUGUGGGGAGAAGACUUCUUUGGCAUUGAUCCCUUCUACAUCGCCUUAGGUCCUUGCACUGAUGGCCGUGACCUGGUGGACUACGCCAUCACAGCAGGCACAACAGCAGUAAACGCCCAGAGGCUCCUGCGAGCGCUGAAGCUCCGGAGGCCAGUGCUGUUGGAGGGCUCCCCUGGGGUGGGAAAGACCAGCCUUGUGGCGGCACUGGCUAAAGCAUCCGGAAAUCAUCUGGUCAGAAUCAACUUGUCUGAGCAAACGGACGUUACCGACCUUUUUGGGACAGAUCUCCCCGUGGAGGGUGGAAAGGGGGGCGAGUUUGCAUGGCGUGACGGCCCCCUCCUGGCUGCUCUGAAAGCGGGGCACUGGGUCGUCCUGGACGAGUUGAACCUGGCUUCCCAGUCGGUCCUUGAGGGCCUGAACGCCUGCUUUGAUCAUAGAGCUGAGAUCUUCAUUCCUGAACUGGGUUUGAGCUUCCAGGUUCAGCACGAAAAAACAAAGAUCUUUGGCUGCCAGAACCCUUUCACUCAAGGCGGGGGGCGCAAAGGACUGCCCAAGUCCUUCCUGAACAGAUUUACUCAGGUUUUUGUGGACCAGCUCAGCAGUGAAGACAUGGAGUUCAUAGCAGACUCUAUUUUCCCCAACAUUGAUAAGGAAAUCCGGGUGAAAAUGGUGGAGUUCAGUAACAAGCUCGUUCAGGAGGUGUGUGUGCAGAGGCACUGGGGCCAGCGGGGCAGUCCCUGGGAGUUUAACCUGCGCGACAUGUUUCGCUGGUGCCAGCUGAUGCAGAACGACCAGACGCCUGGACUUUACAACCCGGGCCAACAUGUGGGCUUGGUUUAUGCGGACAGAAUGAGGAGUGAGGCUGAUAAGGCUCAGGUGCUGGUGGUGUUCAGGGAGGUGUUUGGUGGGGACUCCGCUCCUUACUGUGGCUCCCGGCACUUCCACAUCACUCCUCUCAGUUUGCAGGUGGGGCUCUCUGUGCUGCCUCGCAUUGGAGGCUUCCCGCUGGCUCUGGACCCCCCUCUGUCCAUCACACACAAGGCUCUGCGGCCGCUGGAAUCCCUGAUGAAGUGUGUGGAGAUGGGCUGGAUGGCCGUCUUGGUGGGCCCCACAGGCAGCGGAAAGACCAGCCUGGUGAGGCUGCUGGCGCUGCUGACAGGACGCCACCUCAGGGUCAUGGCCAUGAACAGCUCCAUGGACACCACAGAGCUGCUGGGGGGCUUUGAGCAGGUGGACAUCAUGCGGCUGUGGCAGCAGGUGCUGGAGACUGUGGAGCAAGGCGUUGCCAUGGUAACAAGGCGUGGCCUGAUGUCGCUUGAGGUGGGAAUGCGGGACACAGAGUUCCUGCUGCACAGGUGGGGCCUAUUCUGCCAGUGGCAGAAGCACAAAGAUCUGCAGAGAAUCGGAGGAACGGUCGGCUCAGAGGAUCUGAACAAGCUGGAGGUCAUCAUCGUCCUCCUGCAGAAGCUCAACUCCAAGCUCAAAGUCUUUGCUGACAUGUCCAAGCUGGAGAGGAACUUCACGCUGCUGAAGGAGCGCAUGGCUCAGCAGGAGGACGGAUGGACAAACGGAGGCUUCGAGUGGUUGGACGGCAUGCUGGUCCAAGCUCUUCAAACGGGGGACUGGCUGCUCAUGGACAAUGCCAACUUCUGCAGUGCUUCAGUCCUGGACCGACUCAAUGCUUUGCUGGAGCCCAACGGAUCGCUGACUGUCAGUGAGCGAGGGGUUAUAGACGGAAAGACCCCCAAAAUCUCCCCACACCCAGACUUCAGGUUGUUCCUGACCAUGGACCCCGUUCAUGGGGAGCUCUCCAGAGCGAUGAGGAACAGGGGGGUGGAGCUGUUCAUCCCAGAGGAGCAUGAAGAUGUGUUCUGGGACACACUAGACAUGAAGACCUUACUCCACACUGCUGGGGUGACCGGAAAGUGUGUGUGCAACCUGCUGAUUGAAAUCCACAAAGGCGUCAAGUCUGCCAUCUGGGAUUCUCCGGCCUCAUCCACGACUUCGCUGCUCCACGCCGCUGCCCUGCUGUCUAGCCAGCUGCACAGAGGUCUCGAUUUACCCAGCGCCCUGCAGAACGCCUGCAGAGAGGCGUACGCUGUGUGUCAACGAAGCUCCGCCAGCCAAAAGCUGGCCCAGCAGGUGAUUGAGCAGCACCUGGCGGUCCUGGACUCAGAAGUGUGGGGGGGUGAGCUGCUGUGUCCCGGAGUUUGGCCUGACGGGCUCCCCUCUGCCCUCCUCUGCGCUGAGGACUCCUGCUUCUCCACCGUCCUCAGAGACGGACAGGUCCUCCUGUUCUGCCUCAACUCUCUCAGCCUGCAGGGGAAACGGAAUCGUCCUCUCAGCUUACAUGACCUGCAGCGAGCUCUGCAGGGCAGCGGCGUCCACGAAGGCCUGCAUUUCUCCGGAGGAGGGGGGGGGCCGGAGGAUCCUCUGAGGCUCCUCCCCACGGCGGUGCAGCUCGUCACAGAGAGAGCCUCUCAUGGAGACUGGCUCCUCCGCAGCAGCUGGCUCUCACAUCUGGUGAAGAGCUUCCAAUAUUCUCCAGGUCUGGUGCUGGUUCAGAUAGAGGCGGGUAACAAGGCUCUGAAGACGGCGUUCAACAGCAAACUUGGUGCAAAGGGGAAGUCAUUGGCAGGGUUUCUGCAGCCUCGUGACACAGAUGAUUACAGGAUGUUGGUGGACAUGCGCUGGAACAAACAAUAUUUGGGGAUUUUGGUCAAUAAGUUCAACUUUGAGGAUGAAGACAGCCGCGCAGAGUUUCUGCAGAGUCUGGAUGCUGUUGCUAACAGGAUGGCUCUGAUGAUGGACAGAGAGGAGAAGUCGGUUCUGUGUUCCUGUGCCCUCAACAAGUCUUCCCAGAAUUGUGCCCUGAGGAUCUCCAGCGCCUUCAGCAAAGGAAUGGUGGACGUGGCUCAGCUUCCUCACCCAGUCCUGAUGCAUCUUCAGACCUUCUUCCAACUCUGGGACUCUUUUGUCCUGAUGGCUGUGGAGAGCGGACAACUCAACAUCUCAGAUCACGUCAUGUAUGAGAUCCUGCAGCUGCUUCAGUGGCGUGAUCGUUUCUGGGACGUGUGCUGCUCUCUGCCGGCGGACCGCCAGGACGUGGCCGUGCUGUCGCUGCACUGGCAGUGGAUGCACAAGCACCUCCUCCUCCGCCUGCCUCCUCUGCUGCUGGGACCCGCCCACUCCACCACGGAAGGUCACCAGGAGCUGCAGACCGUCUCAGCAGCCAUCCAGGCCGUCCUGUCCACCCCCGUCUCUGUGACCGCCGCCCUCAAAGGCCUCCAGAGAACUCUGGGAAAAAUGUUACCUUUUAAGCUGGAGGCGGUGGCUGAGUGUGCGUCUCGGCUGAAGCUCCUCAGUGAAGCUCUGGACAUCAGCGAUCGGAGGCUGGAACGCUCUCUGGUUUCUCAGGAGCAGGAGCUGCUCCGACUGCAGGUUGCUGGACUCGGGUUUGAGGUUAAAGAAAGCCUCCUGGAAGCGCACGGCCUGGUUCUGCUAGCAAACAACCAGGUGGAUACUGAGAAGUCUGGCGUUCUAGAGAAGUUGUUGUUCAAUGUGGAGCAGCAGCAGAACCUCUUGACCUCCAAAGGGCUGCUGGAGAUCCGGUCCAUGUCUGAUGAGGAGGACCCAGCAGGAGCAGCCCAUUUGUCCAGAGAAGAGGUGCUGCAGCUGGGCCGCAGGAUCCAGCUCUGGCCGAUCACAGAGGUUCUGGCAGUCUUGAACCAGCUCCGGCUCAGCGCAGAUCUGCUGAACAUGGCAACUUCUCCUGGUGACCAGAACCAGGAGGACUGCUUACGCCGUGAGCUCUCCAAACACAUCAGUUACUGCCUCCAGUCCACCCCUAUGAGUGUUGGACUGCUCCAGUCCAUGUGGUUCCUUCUCCGCAGUGACCGGCUGAUGGAGGCAUUACCCCUGGUGUGGUGCCAGCUGUUGUCAGAGGCCUUGGGUGGUCUCUGGACUUGCAGCUUCAAUUCAGAACCGGACCGCUGGCUGAAAUGGGAGCUUUUGGCCAAUGAGACCCGGGCUUCUCCAAAGCUGCAGCAUGGAGCUGCCAACACGGGUCCCCCCCUGCUGAGCAAAGCCGUGUGGUCACGGUGCAUGAUGGGAGUCCUCGGUGCCGAUGGUUCGGGCCGGUGGGAGCCGGCCGGAUCGGCCCUGCUCUCUCUUUGCCGUGUCGGCCUCGGGGAGUGGAAGGGGAGGAUCCAGCAACUGCAGGAUGUUUCUGCUAUGCUGUGGGACAACAUGGGUGUGGCCGCGCUGGCUGAAUUCAGAGGAACAGACUUCAGGCUGCAGGGUGCAGUCCUGCAGCAACAGCUGCAGAGCAUGGUCAAGCUGCUGCCCCCCAGCCUGCAGGAGGGGUUCAUGGACAGCUGCAAGAACCUGGUGAAGGACCCAAAUCCUCUUGCAGCUUCCCAAGAGAUCCAGACAGUCUUCCGGGACUUCCUGCCUCCAGACCUUCUCCCUGAUGGUCUGCUGAGGGCCUGCAGCACCUGUCUGCAGCAGUACGUCCAGAGGAAAACCCAGACCUCCAACACACUCACUCAUUCCGGAGUUUUCUGGGUCAACAUGGGCCUUCUGCAGAUCAAAGUAUGGACGCCACAAACCAUCUUCGACCCGGCGUUGAAGCGGGCCUACAAACUCCGCUACGCUCAGCAAGAGCUGGUUACUCUGGAGAAUGAAUGGAGAGCUCGAAGCUUCUCUUCUCAGCUGAUGACCGGAUCAGAACUGGAGGAGAGCAGUGGCACAGACGGUUUCCAGCAUCCACGAAUCGGUUUUCUGUGGGUCCGCAUGCAGCAGGUGAAGGAACAGAUCUCAGAGCUCUCCAGGAAGCAGGCCCACCGCCCUCGUGAUCCUCAGUACGGUGCGCUCUUCCAGGACCUCCAGCAUUACCUGAGCAGCAUCGGACGCAUGUCUGCCAUCGAGGAGCUGCUGUCUCGGCUGCUGAAGGCCCUGCACGGUUCCUCCGAGUCCAGGUCGGCGGUCCAGGCUCUUCUGAAAGAGGAGGCUGUGUGGCAGAACUCCCAGCAGCGAUUCUGUCAGAAGUUGCUGGAGGAUUACCCGCUGUACCCGGACGUGGUCAGCCCCGUCAGAACCGGCAUCCUGCAGCUGCGGCAUGGCAUGAGGAUGGUGGCGUCGCAGCUGGCCGCGUCUCUCACUCCUGUGCCUGGACUGCUCCAGCUGAUGUCGUGCCUGCUGGCCUUCCCUUCCCCGUCCCCCGGCUUGCCUUCCUAUCUGGCUCAGGCAAACUUCCUGUGCUCCACGUCCUGCAUGGAUGUCCUCCGCAGCCUGACGAAGCUCCUGCCUCAGCAGGACCUCAGCCGUGUGAUUCCUCAGUCCUCCACUCUGCUGCUAAACGCUCUGCUGUACCUGCAACGCCACGCUCUGUCCACGGGGGAGUUGAAUGCAGAGGCGCACAGCCUCUUCAGGCACAUCUGUCAGGCUCUGGUGAACGAGUGGGACGAGCAGGAACGGCGGAAAAAGGAGAAGGAGCAGAUGGAGGCCAGUUUGUACCGCAACCGAAGCCGACUCCACGGUUCAGGACUGACCGAAGAGGAGCAGGAGGAGAAGGACUUCAGGUCCCAGUUCCCCCAGUUUAAGAAGGACUUUGCAGACAUCGUGUCUCAGCCCACUCUGGAAGGUCCGGCAGAUUCUGGACUGGAAGAAGGAGAAGCCCAACCAGAGCCCUGUGAGGCGGGGGUCAUUUCUGAGUCGGUGGCGAACGUGGUGAUCGCGGUGCAUCAGCGCAUAUGCUAUGGAUACGCCCGAUCGCUGUGGUACCAGAACCCAACACCAGCCAACCACAGCAAACAUCACAUCCAAGCCCUGGUCUCCUCAUAUCAGAUUGCAUCACCUAUAAUGUUGCGCUUCUACUAUCUGAUUGGCUCAGAAGUGGACCAGCAUCUGGCUGGCUGCGGACUCAUGCUCUCAGCCCUCCUCCAGAACACUGUGCAGAGCUCAGGGGGUCUCCAUGGUCUAGAGGUCACCUGGGAAGGUCCAUAUGACUUCUACCAGCAGCCCAACAUGAGCGAGGCCCGCCUCUGCCUCCCAGUUCUGGAACAGCUGAGCCAGGCGGUGAAGCAGAGGCUCAGAGAUUGGCCCGAACACCCAGCUCUCGUACAGCUGAUGGUGGUGAUGGAGAGGAUUCUGACCUUCAGUCUGGACAGCCCUCUGGCAAAGUUCCUAAAUGGUUUGGAGAUUCUUCUCUCCAAAGCGCAGGACUGGGAGAACAACGCCAGCCGCGCUCUCUCUCUGCGGAAGGAACUGGAAGCCGUCACCCAGCUCAUUAUCCAGUGGCGCAAACUGGAACUGAAUUGUUGGUCAAGCAGUUUAGACAACGCGAUGAUCCGACACACGCAAAAAUCCAGCAAGCAUUGGUUUGCCAUCUACCAGCUGGUGGAACGAUAUCUAGAGGAGCAGAGGACGGAGCACAACGCAGGUGAGAAAGAGGAGCGCCUGUCUCUGUCCUCGGCGUCCUCCACGCUCCAGGCCUUCAUUGAAGGCUCCACUCUGGGCGACUUCCACACGCGCCUGCAGAUGCUGCUGAACUUCCACUGCCACCUCCUGCUGGUGUCGGACCAGCCCGGACGAGAGUCUUUGUUGGCUCUCCUGUGGAACCUCCACAGAUACUACAGCCAGUUCUCCGAGAGCAUCCAGGCCAGAAUCACUCAGCUCAGGCAACCCAUUGAGAAGGAGCUCAGGGACUUUGUGAAGAUCUCCAAGUGGAAUGAUGUCAGCUUUUGGUCCAUCAAGCAGUCUGUGGAUAAGACUCACCGCACACUCUUUAAGUUUGUCAAAAAGUUUGAGGAAGCUCUGAGCAGUCCCAGUGUUCCUGCUCUGGUGGAGCAAGGAAGCAGUUUAAACCCUGAUGAUGUGGACGCUAACCUGGAGGAAACCCCUCUUCAUCGUGUCCAUCGGGCGCUGAGGAACACCCCACCUGGAAAGGGCAAAGAUCUGCAUGUGGAGGGUGAUGGUCCAGAAGGCGAAGCCGAAUCCUUACAGGCCCGUCUGCCUGCUCUGUUCAGGAAGAUGAAGAAGAUGUGUGUUCAGCUGCUGAAGAAGAACCCGGUGCCUGAGCUGACGGAAGAUCUCGACUGCUUCACUGGCGAGGUCAUCACCAACAUGCGUGAGCUGCAGAGCCUGAACAUUGACCUGACUGUGGAGAAGGAGAAGCAGAAGGCUGAGGUGAAGCACAUCCUGCAGCAGAAGCAGAGGGCUCUGUCCGACCUGUUCAAGAUGCUCGCUGCCAUAGGCCUGUCGUACCGCAAAGGCCUGACGUGGAGCAGAACCACAGACCCUGAGAAAACUCUAAGCAUUCAGCCGCUGGAGAUGAAACCAGCAGUGACUAUUGGGAGCACCCAGGACCCUGCUGAGAACAUGUUGCUGACAGAGCUGCUGACGGCGUGGGACGGCUGUCAGAAAUACUUCUACCGUUCGUGGGCCCGGAGAACAGCCCUGCAGACGGCUCUGCAGCACGCAGCCAAGGAGCUGGGUGUGGCGAACAUAGACCGCUGUCGAGGCUUCUCUUCUCACCUGUUCAAGCUGCUGCUGGGACAGAGGCGCCGGCUGGUCCGGAUCACCCAGCGCUGGGUCGACCUGCGAAAGUUGACCAACGGCAUCCAGAGUAUUAAAGCUCACACCCAGACCCCCCCUGUGGACUCAGGGUGCACCCUCCCUCCCCAAGAUUCCCUCCAGGACUGGCUGAUGAGGGGCCGGGCGCUGGCCGCUCAGUGUGCCACUCUUUUGCAGCAGCUGUGCUGGCUGCUGCAGUGCUGUCCUGAAGAUGGCCAGCAGAGGGAGCAAGCGAGUAGCCAGCCCCCUCUGAGCUGUGUGUCUCCAGUGGAGGCCCUGCGCCAGCCCCCAGGCUGCCUCAUGAGGAGGGGGGAUGCUGUGUGGACGGAGCUCCACCAGCAUGUGGUGGAGAUGCUGCAGAGGACCCAGAACCUCCAGCAGGACCUGAGUUCUGUGGAUCAGGGGGGCUCAGUUCUGCUCACAUGGAGCAACUUUGACACGUGCUGCUCUGCAGUGGAGCAGCUGGGAGGCGUGGCGGCUCAGAUGUCCGGCAUAGAGAAGCUCUUCUCGUUGUCCACGUCUGUGGGUGGUCCUGGUUGUCAGCCGGCUGUGACCCAGAGCCUGCAGUUCGUUCGAGCGCAGACGGAGGCCUUCAGCGCAGACUUCACAGCCUGGAGGACGCAGCUGCUCUGCCUGGGACCUCAGCCGUCAGACGAUCAGUCGAGUUUUUCCUCCGAGUUCUCUGCUGAGCUGGAGGCGAACAUCAACACGGUUCUGUGCGCCGUCCAGACUCUAGUCAAGAGACACAGAGACCAGGGGAAAGACGGGAAAGAUGAUGCCGAGGAGGAGGAGGACCUGCUGAAGCCGGGCCACCUGACUCGCCUCCUGGAGGAGGAACUGGAGGCUGAGCUGGACUCUCUCUCUGCGGGAGACGUUUGCGUCCGUCUGGAGAAACUUCUGCAGACCCUGAGGGGGCGCAGAGACUCGUGUUCUCCUCUGGAGUUUCAGGAGGUCAACGACGCCUGCAGGAGGGUGGUGCGUCUGCAUCCACUGCUGGAGAUUUACUGCGACAUGCUGCGCUACUAUCUGACUGUGUUGGUGGGAGUCCACCGGAGCACCGGGAAGCUGCUGUCCGUCCUGGCCAGCAUCUUCACAGAGCUCGCUCAGAAGGGCUUCUGCCUCCCUCAGGAACUCAUGCCGGGAGGGGAUGGGGAGGGCGCCACGGAGUUCCACGACUACGAAGGGGGUGGGAUCGGCGAGGGCGAAGGCACCAAAGAUGUCAGCGACAAGAUUGAGAACGAAGAUCAGGUGGAGGACACUUCACAGGAAGGUCAGGAAAAGGAGGAGCAGCAGGAGAAGGGAGACAUAAAGUCAGAGGAGAACGCCAUAGAAAUGUCGGAGGACUUUGACGGCCAGAUGCACGAUGGAGAUGAGAACGAAGAAGAAGAUAAAGACGAUGAGUCGGACAAAGAGGACAAUGAGGAGCUUGACAAGAAGAUGGGAGAUCUAGGAGAAGGUCAGACGGACACCCUAGAUGAGAGGAUGUGGGGGGACGAUGAAAAUGAAGACGAGGAUGGAAGUGACAAAGAGGAGGAGUCUGGACAGGGCAUGGACCAGGGAGAGUCCGAGCUCGUGGCCAAAGACGAAAACUUGGACUCUGCAGAACCAAACAAGGAGAAGAAGAAUGAAGAAGAACAAACGGAUGAGGAUGACAGAGAGCAGAUCAAUGAGCAAGGAGAUCAGAGGGACUUUGACGAGAACGAGGUGGACCCAUAUCACGGACAGCAGGAGAAGGCGGCCGAGCCGGAGCCAAUGGACCUGCCUGAAGACCUUGCCCUGGGCGACGAUGAGGAGGGGGGCGACGAAGAAGAGGGGGAGAACCCAUUUGACCUCGAUGAGAAAGCCAUGGACCAGGAAGUGAAGGAGGAAGAGCCUGAAGACGGAGGGGAGGGGAUGGAGGAGAACCAGCCUGAAGAGGCAGAGGGUCAGGAGCCCAAAACUCAGGAGGAGGAGAACGAGGAGGAAGGAGGCAAUGGGGCAGAAGUGAAGGAGGAAGAGAAGGAGCCAGGUGAAGAAACAGAAGAGGCGAAAGAAGACAGAGAUGCAGGAAAUAAGGAGGAGCCGGCGGUUCCUGUGGACAAAGGAGACCACCCAAAGGAUGAGGAAGAAGGUGAGGAUGAGGAGCACCCUGACUCAGCUGAGAGGAAGGAGCACAGCACAGACGGUCAGACUGGAGAAGACAACCUUCAGAGUGACGCGGCGGUGGAGGUGGCAGGGGAGGCGUCGCAGAGAGACCAGGCCAAAGAGGAGCACGGCAGCGGAGCAGCGGACGCCAGCCAGUCAGAGGGUCACGAGUCCAAACUGACGGCCAGAAUGGCCUCUCAGUCGCAGACGCAGAAGAAGACCCAGAGCUUCAAAAGGAAACCGGGCCAAGCGGAUGAGGAGCGGUCCACUGGGGACUACAACGAGCGCGUCAACAAGCGGCUCCGGAUGGUGGCCAGCAGUGAAGAGCGCUCCAAGAGAAACAAGCCGAGCGACGGCAAGCAGGAGUCGGACCUGCACGAGCACGUCAGAGAGGGGGAGAUGGACCAUGAUGCUCAGACUUAUGAUGUUGCCAGUCUGGAGCAGCAGAAAGCAAUGGGGCUGCAGAAGAAUUUGAACGAAGAUCAGGAGGAUGAGGAUGUAGCCAUGGAAACAGAGCAGCCGGAGGAGGAGCUCAAAGCCGCUGAGGUCCAGGAGCUAAAACCGGAGCAGUUGGACUCCUCCAGAUCCUCCCAAAGAGGCGCAGACAGCGGGGAGAUGGAGGUUCAGCGGCAGGGAGAGGAAGAGGAGGACGAGAGGCAGAAGGACCGACAACAAGUUGGAGAUGAAGAGCGAACUCAAAGGAGCUCUGAGUCCACCGUUCACACGGUUCCAGAGCUGCUGAUGGAGGCCACACAGAGAGAGGAGAGCGACCCAGAGGAGCUGAGGAAGGAGAUGGAGCUGCAGCUGGAGCUCUGGAGCAGACUGGGACCUGGGACGCAGGAGGAGGAGAGCCAAGCAGCUUGCAUGUGGCACCGGUACCAGAACCUGACGGCGGCUCUGUCGCAGCAGCUGUGCGAGCAACUCCGCCUCAUCCUGGAACCGACGCAGGCCGCCAAGCUGCGGGGAGACUACCGCACAGGCAAGCGUCUGAACAUGAGGAAGGUCAUCCCUUACAUCGCCAGCCAGUUCCGCAAGGACAAGAUCUGGCUGAGGAGGACCAAACCCAGCAAGAGGGAGUACCAGAUCUGCCUGGCUGUGGACGACUCGUCCAGCAUGGUGGACAACCACUCCAAACAGCUGGCCUUCGAGUCGCUGUCGGUCAUCGUCAACGCUCUGACGCUGCUGGAGGUCGGACAGGUUUCCGUGUGCAGCUUUGGCGAGCAGAUGCAGCUGCUGCAUCCCUUCCAGCAGCAGUUCAACGACGAAUCAGGAGCUCGCAUCCUCCGGCUCUGUCAGUUCCAGCAGAAGAAGACCAGAAUCGCACAGUUCUUGGAGACGUCCACCAAAAUGUUCCUCUCAGCCCGUCAGCAGAUUCCUGGAUCUUCCAGCUCAGAGACGGCUCAGCUGCUGCUCAUCGUGUCUGACGGCAGAGGCCUCUUCCUGGAGGGGAAGGAGCGCGUGACGGCGGCGGUGCGAGCUGCACGCAACGCCAACAUCUUUGUGAUCUUUGUGGUUCUGGACGACCCCAACUCACGGGACUCCAUCCUGGACAUCAAGGUUCCCAUCUUCAAAGGUCCAGGAGAACUUCCGGAGAUCCGCUCCUACAUGGACGAGUUCCCUUUCCCGUUCUACGUCAUCCUGCGGGACGUCAACGCGCUGCCGGAGACUCUGAGCGACGCGCUCAGGCAGUGGUUCGAGCUGGUGACGGCGGCAGAUCCAUGACCGCCGUUCACGCUCUGGUGGAGAAGAACAGCUGCAGAGGAUUUUCCUGAUCUGCUGUCCUGCAGGUCUGAGCUCCAUGGAGCUCCAUGCGUUCACCUGUGAUGGAAGUGACCCCCAUACCUGAAGCUCAAACUUAUCUCAAGCACUUUGGAGCAGCCGUGGUGUCUGUCAAGGAAGCAUCUCAGUGAGCUUUAAAGCAGAACCAGAGCCUGAUCAAAUCACACUUUCACAAUAAAAGAAGGCAUGUAGUGCUGGAAAAGAAUGAGAACAUUCAGCUGAUCCAAAAAAUGUGAACUCAGUCAUUGACUUGAAGCUUUGAACUUCUGAUCAGAGAAAAAGGGAUGAAUCAGGAGUUCUGCAGAUGUUUUAAUUCAAAAGUCACACUGAAGAAGAAGCCAUGAACUUUUAUUUUCAGUCCUUGUUGUGCAGGUGUUUUUACCUUUAAGACAAAAAGGUGAAAAGGAGCGUGUGAUUUGCUGAGCUGUUGUCUACAAUUAAAGUCGAUGACAAAAUGUG